AAUUUGAUGUUAAGAAGUCGAAAACAACGCUAUCACUGCUAUCAAAAUAUUUAUUUUUAUAUGUCAAACUGACAAAUUGAAAUGGAAAACACGAAAGAACCUAACUUUAAGCUAUUGAGUGGAAAAGACUUCAUUCCAGAAAAAUACGUCAAAAGUUUAUCACAAAACUAUGUGGGUGGAUCCGAGCUACAAAAUCUUCGUAGAAAGAUUCAAGCUCUUUCAGAAGAAACAAGUAAUAAUUUGAAAAAAAAUGUUUAUGAAAAUUAUGUACAGUUUAUUGAAACUGCCAAAGAAAUUUCACAUUUGGAAAGUGAGAUGUAUCAGCUGUCUCAUUUACUUUCAGAGCAAAAAUCAUUAUUGAGUGCUCUAUCUACAACAUCUAUAUUAGAAGAUACCCAACCUAUAAAUUUAGAAAGGGAAAAUAAGGCAACUGAAAAGGAUAUUGAGGAAGAUAAUAAACAGAAAUUAGCGGCAAUUUUAGAGAAAGUAGAGGGAUGUAAAGAAUUAUUGGAAGUACAUGGAAGAAAACUACUAUUUGAAGGAGAUUUACUAGAAAUAGAUCCAACUGAAAAUACAUCUUUAAAAACUGUUCAUGUGUAUUUAUUCACUGAUAGUUUCAUGAUAACAAACAGAAAUUCUAACAGCCGUGGACUUAUGAAGUAUAUUUAUGAAAUUAUGUAUGAUUUGAGUAGUCUAGCAGUUGUGAACGUUAGGGAUUUAGGGAAUGUCAAACACGCUUUCAAAUUGCUAAUUUUUCCGGAUACCAGAGUCUUCCAAUGUUCCUCCAAUUCUGGGAAAAAAGAAUGGUUGGAUAAAUUUGAUCAAGCAAAAAAGACUAGAUUAGCCCAAGAACAACAGAAGAGGGAAUCAGUUACAGAAAAAUCACCUUCGCGUUCAACUUCCAUUGAAUCAUCAAGUUAUAACCCUUUUGAAGAACCAGAAGAAGAUUUAGGAACAGUUCAUCCAGAGUGGUUUUUAGAUAUCCCAGAAGAGCUUGAUGUUUGCGUAGCACAAAGACAUUUCGAAGAAGCUCUUUCAUUAUUACAAAAAUCCAAAGAAUACAUUAAUCAGUUGCAAACUACAAACGACAAACAUGAUCAAGUUUUAAUUGAUAUCCAGAGAAAAGCUGAACAGCGCCAACAUAGUUUGACUGAAGUGUUGAUGAAGGAAUUGGAAGUCAAUCCAGAUAAAUCUUUGCAAGGAGGACUCAGAGCUGCUAGAAGAGCCGUGAGGUUACUUAACCAGUUAGGAAGGGAGACUCAAUCUUGCAAUCUGUUUCUGAAAUUAUGUAGUAGUAUGUUGAGGACCCAAUGCAAAAGAGUAAAAAGAGAAGGUUCUACAACAACUUAUAUAAGGCAUUUAGCAAGUGUAGUAUUCACAAAUAUGUGUCAUAUGUCCGAGGAAUUUCUAAGAGCUUUUCCAAAUUCACCAAAUUGUGCAUCAGCAUAUGUUGUCUGGGCUACUAACGAACUGCUCGUUUUUACCACCCACUUCAUUAAACAAGUCUUCAUGCCACAAACAUCACUAUCUACAGUUACGGAAUGUAUAGUAUUGGUUCGGUCACAAUGUGAAAGGUUAUAUUCGUAUGGACUCGAUAUAUGUUACCAAUUAGAUGGUACUUUGAGGUCUUCAAUUAUAAAAGCAUUAAAAGAUUCAAGAGAUAAAUUGAUAGAUUCAAUUAAAUUGAGAGCAAUAGAAGAUAAAUGGAAUCCAAUGAAUUUGCAUUCGAAAUCGGCUUUGAGUAGAUUUAUACAUGAAUAUUCUCUGAUGGGGGUACAUUUAGAAAGUUUUGUUUCCGGUGAUACUUGGCUCCAACUCACAACAAGUACUUUAUCGUUCACUAAAAUGUUUUUUCAAUUUUUAAAUGAUUGCAUGAAGUUAAAAACUACGGAAUUGAUGUAUAUUAUAGACGAGACUCUUUAUAAUGUUUUCGAUGCUCAAUUAAAACAUAACGAUAAUGCAUUACGAAAUGAAACAAACCAAGAGAAAAGGAUGUUUUUGACUAAAAAUGCAGAUUUUCUUCUGGGAAACGUUAUAGACGUUUCCCAAGAAAUCUACAAUAGAAAUGUAGGUUACGAAUGUCAGACACUGAAAAAAUUGCAGCAAGAAUAUGUUGCUUUAAGAAAAGGUAUAUCUCCUACUUCUAGGAAUACUAAAACAAAGUAUUCUUCAGAUUUUUUGUAGAUUUAACUAAUAUUCAAUUUAUAAGUAUCCUUGAAAUAUUAUUUAUAGUUUUUGUAUAUUAUGUAUUUCAAAUAAAAAAAUAAUUCUG